AUGCCGCUCCAAUUCGACGAAGCCGAGCUGCUCAAAGCAUACCACCUCGAUUCGCUCGAGCCAUCAUCAUGGCACACCACCGAAGUCGAAUCCGAUGACAAGGGCACCGCUUCAUCGACCGCCGUUGCCGACGAACCGGAUCCGCUCGGCAUCCGCUCUACCAUGGCAACGUUUCGAAGCCUCCCCAAGGAUGUCAAGACACAAACGUCACUAUCCUCGAAAGCCUUCGACGCCAAAGUCUUUCUCUCCACCAUCCACCCUGAUGCCACCUUCGCCGAUCUGUCCCACGGGAUCAAUCACCUCAAGAGCAGUAUCGACCAACGAUCAGAAGCACUCAAGGUGCUCGUCGAGGAAAACUUUGACAGAUUCGUAGCAGUCAAAGCUACCACAGAUGGCGUAUACCGAGAGAUGCGAGAUACGGAAUCAGGCCCACUACAGCCUCAAGCAGAUUAUGGCGUCGCUUCGCUCAACAAUAUCCUCGCCAACGCAUCUGCCAAAGCAGAUCAGGUGUUCAUGCCCGUCCUCGAAAACAAUCUCAAGACGAUCAAGUUGCGAUCUACGCUGGGGGUCUUUGAACGGUCCAAGUUCUUCUUCAACCUGCCUGGUUCGCUUUCGGAGUCGGUAGAGAUGGGCAGAUACGAUGUGGCGUUGCGCGACUACAAGAAGGGCAAAUACCUGCUCGAUAGCCGUCCUGGUCAGCUGCUGGCGGUUGGGAGUGCCAAGACGCCCGAGUCGGCAGGCGGUGCGAGGAACGACAUUCAGCAGAAACGUGUGUUCGCCAAAGUGUGGGAUGCGGUGGAAGCUACGAUGAAGGAUAUGCAGAGCCGGUUGACGGCGCAGCUGCGGGAACCGAGGAGAAGCGUAGACGAGCAGGAAAAGACGAUCGAGAUCCUGCUCGAGCUCGAUCCGACCGACGAUCCUGUCUCGAUCUUUUUGGAGGCUCAACAUCAGCAUUUGCGCAGCGUGAUGCGGAAGACGUUUGAUGCGGGGGUGGCGCAUAUCGAGGCGUCUCGCUCGGGUCAGCGACCCGGCAGCAGUGUGGCUGAUCGUGACCGGGCGAAGGACUUGCAGAAGAGCAUGCGGUUGACAGGCUUGAUCGAUGCAUCUUUUGACAGGUGCGCGGGGGCUGACACGUGGAAGGCCAUCUACGAUCUGGUCAAGACGCUCUCCGAGACCAUCACUGCAUCGCUACCGAGCUUUUGGAGAGUGGCCAAGAGUCACGCGGACGGGAAGUUUACAAAGAGCAAAUCCAGACCGAGCGGUAGCUCGUCCGCAACACAAGGUGCGGCGGUGUCGGCGCAGAACAAAGCUUGGGCAGUCGAAGCAUUGGAUGCAUACAUCAGCCUCGUCUCUCACCUCUUCUCUCUCACCGAUAUGUCGAUCUUGGUUCGGCAGCCUCUGCCGACCCAGGUGCCAGAUUGGGUGCCGGAGGGGACGACUUCGCCAACAGCCGCACACUACCUGCGAGAGACGCUGACACAGCUGGUAGAGGCGUGCAACGACCUGGCGUCGCUCGGUGUGACUUCGGCGAGUUCGUUGCGUGGGUUGUUGACGAACGCGGGCUUCAGCUUUGUCCAGGUGCUGUGCGUGCUCUGGCAGCAAGAUGCAAAGCUGUUCCACAUGUUGGAGGAUUGGACGUUGAACCCGGAUGAGCAGGCGACUACAUUGCAUCUGCGCGAGCUGGCUGCUUUUCACAAGGGAAAUGCGAGGCAGGCGUUUCAUCUUGCGGGUGGAAGGUCGACGUCUACGCCGGUGUCGGCGUUGGAGGCGAGUCGGAAGAACAGGAAUGGGGAGCAGCCGGUUGCGCCCGAGUUGACGGCGAGGAUCAAAGGGUCGUUCCUGGACGCGCUGUACGCCUUUUUGGAUGGGUUGGUGCAUCUUGCGUUCUCCGAGUAUAGCCCGUUGGAGCCGCGCACGGCGUUAUCAGUGCAGAGUGUACCGGGACAUCCAGGGAGUGCUGUUGACGUGAGGGAUCUGGACACGAGGGUGUUGCUUAGUGUUACGAAUCUCUCACAUCUCUCGAGGGUCGUCAUCCCGAGCCUUGUCAAGCAGUUUGGCGAUGCAUACGCGGUGAAGAUGGACGAAGACCUGGCGACGCUGACGGAAGUAUCGAGCCAGUUGGACGGGAUCCUCUUCAACGACUACAUCAAGCGAAAAUCUUCGUCGAUCUCGGAGAUCCUGUCCCACGGCAUCCUCUCGUCCGGCAUCGACUGGUCCGCCAUACCAAAACCGUCUUCGGUGCAUCCGUUUAUCUAUCAAGCCUUGCUCUCGCUCGUCCAAGUGCACGCGCAUGUUCGAAGUAUCGCCAAACCACUUGUCACCCGUACCAUCACCACCCUCGUCGACGAUCUCGCCACUACCACACUGGACUCCUUCCAACGCAUCCCGCGCUUUGGACUGGGAGGCAUGCUGCAAGCAACGCUAGAGAUCGAGUUCCUGCAUCAGACGCUGAGCAACUUCAUCAGCCCCAAAGCGGAGGCUCUGCUGAAACAGGUGUACGAGACCAUCUCGCAAAAGUACAGGAGGGUGGAGGUCGGGGAGAAGGAGGAACUGAAUAAGGAGCUGGAGAGGGUCAAGCAAAUUCUGGUGGCGAGUAGGAAGAGUACGGCGUUGGAGUUCUUGUGUUUCAGAAGAGGCGCGAGGAAGGAGGGUGACAGGAAGGAGGAGGCGGGGUGA